GUAACGACCUGUUCCUGGUGGCGGUCCACGAGUUGGGCCACGCGUUGGGCUUGGAGCACUCCAACGAUCCGAGCGCCAUCAUGGCGCCUUUCUACCAGUACAUGGACACUCACAACUUCAAACUGCCUCUGGACGACCUGCAGGGCAUCCAGAAGAUCUAUGGAAUCCCCACCGCCAUGCUGGAGCCCACCCGCCCGCUGCCCACCUUACCCUCUCGGAGGACGCACUCCACCUCGGAGCGCAAGCACGACCGCCACGGCCGGCCGGCGCGCCCCCCCGGAGACCGCCCGGCGCUGCCCGGCAACGGCAAGCCCAACAUCUGUGACGGCAACUUCAGCACCGUGGCCUUCUUCAGGAGGGAGAUGUUCGUCUUCAAGGACCGCUGGUUCUGGCGCCUGAGGAACAACAAGGUGCAGGAGGGCUACCCCAUGCAGAUCGACCAGUUCUGGAAGGGCCUGCCGCCUCACAUCGACGCCGCCUACGAGAGGUCGGACGGGAAAUUUGUCUUUUUCAAAGGCGACAAGUACUGGGUGUUCAAGGAGGUGACGGCGGAGCCGGGUUACCCCCUCGGCCUGGUGGAGCUGGGCAGCUGCCUGCCCAAAGACGGCAUCGACACGGCGCUGCGCUGGGAGCCUGUUGGCAAAACCUACUUCUUUAAAGGGGACCAGUACUGGCGCUACAACGAGGAGAAGCAUACGGCGGACCUGGGGUACCCCAAACCCAUCAGCGUGUGGAAAGGGGUCCCGGACGCACCGCAGGGGGCCUUCAUCAGCAGGGAGGGAUACUACACCUACUUCUACAAGGGGAAGGAGUACUGGAAGUUCGACAACCAGAAGCUGACGGUGGAGCCCGGGUACCCCAAGUCCAUCCUGCGCGACUGGAUGGGCUGCGAGCAGUCGGACAUGGAGCGCUCCGGCAGCAAGGCGAACCGCGGGGACCGCCAGCUGCCCAUGGACGACGUGGACAUCAUGGUGACCAUCAACGACGCACCGACCACGGUCAACGCCAUCGCCGUGGUGAUCCCCUGCGUCCUGUCGCUGUGCAUCCUGGUCCUGGUCUACACCGUCUUUCAGUUCAAGAACAAAGGAGUGCAGCAGAGCGCCAUGACGCAGCACUACUACAAGUACCCCGUCCAGGAGUGGGUGUGACCACCAACCCUACUUCCAAGAGGUCCGAGUUGGCAGUUCGGAGGUGUGGGGGGUCGGGGGGGUCGAGCAGUCGUCAUACUGUGAGCUCGCUCACGUUGGCUAACGGCCAAACAUUGCUAGCAAACGAAGCAAUGGAGAGUCCAGUGUUUCCAGUGGGCAGAGGGGUUGGGGGGGGGGCCUGACUGGCCUUUUCAUUUUCCGAUUCUGCUCUCAGUCCGCCGGUGGGAGCGUGCUCACCUGUGUGUCUGAGGGAGACGGGUUUAGUGUGUUAUCAUGUUACCGGGCGGGGCGCUUUGAGGGGGCAGCGUGCCGGGACGUGAUUGGCUGAGGUGGACGACGCAGCCGAUUUGCCACUCUCUGGACAGAGAUGAUAGUGAUGAUUCUGUCCUCAAAGGCUGAAGACCUCCUCCGAGAUCUGACUCGACGUGAACAUGCGGACUCCAAACAAUGAGUCAGAUGAAACAAAGAUUUGAAAUGUCAAAUUUGAAGAUAAAAUAUAGGUAGAAAGACCGUAAGAAAAAGGAAACCAGGGACCUCACCUUGGAUCUGUGAAUUGAAUUGAAUUUAUUUAUACUUGUAUGAAGCUGUAAAAAUGUCAGGAGGACCUUUUUUUUACCACACAGAACUGAAAGCAUCUUCGCCACCAUAAAAUCUAAUCUUCGCUCUCAUUUACGCCGCUUGGACUUUGGUUUUUGCGGAUGUAGAAUAGCCAGUCGUCAGCGUAGUGUGACAGAUAUUAGAUAUUAGACGAAUGAUCGUUAAUAAGUCUUAUCUCGGUCACAACAGUUAGUUCUCAAAUUAAUUCAGACUGAAGGGUCGAAUGAAAAGAUGUUUUACUUUCACUGGAAAAGUCAACGCUAUUGAUAUCUUUGGUGAUUGAACAAAAUAUUUAAUUGUACUUCUGGGAUUUGAUCCCUUUUGUCCCUUUUUGCCAACAAACUCAACUAAUUAUUGUUGCCAAUUUCUUUAUAUUUAUAAAAAUGUUUAUCAGGAUUUCACACAAAAUGAAUUAUCCUUUUAAAUUUGGGGAUUUCUACAAAUCUAGUUCUUUAAUAUUUAUUGUCUCUUCCAGCUGUGGAAGUAUUUGGACCAGGCUUAAGUAUAAAGAAAUGAUUUCUUUAUACGUUGUACAUUUCAAGAAUAAAGAGGAAUAUGUUAAGAAUGAAGUUGAUUUUUCAGAAUAUGCUCUAAUGCCAAUAGUUUCAUUUAUCUCAAGAGUUUAUUCUAGUAAUGUUGUCUUUAUCCUCAUACUUCAACUUUACUCUUAUUUUAAAUUAUUCCACAUCAUUGGGUUUAUUUUCCAUUUCAACUUCAUGCUUAAACUUUUGAAUUUUUUCCUCAACAUUUUUCCCUUUAUUCUCUAAUAAUACUCCAACUCCAAAAAGACAUUUCCACUUUGUUCUUGAAAUGUCGCUCCUCAUUGUGUCCUCAGUCUGUAUCCGGUUCUGAACAUCCAAUGUCACUCCAACACUUCCUGAAUCCUGGAUUGGGUCUUUAGAAUAGUUCUGAGUCUUUGUUCUCCUCUUUGCAGAUGCACAUUGUUUUCAUCAGGAUUAAAUACGGACUUUUGUUGACGGUUAA